AUGUGGCUGUACCUGGCGGGGCUGUACCUGCUGUGGCGCUGGGACCAGGAGCGGCAGACGGUGCCGAGGCUCUCGGAGAAGUAUGUCCUGAUCACAGGCUGCGACAGCAGCUUUGGCAACCUGCUGGCACGGCAGCUGGACGCCCGGGGGCUGCGGGUGCUGGCCGCCUGCCUGACCGGCACCGGGGCCUCCCAGCUGCGAGCGGCCACCUCGCCGCGGCUGCAGACCGUCCUCCUGGAUGUCACCUCCAGCCAGAGCAUCGCCGUCGCCACCGCCUGGGUCCGGGAGCGUGUGGGCGACCGAGGGCUCUGGGAGCUGGUGAACAACGCAGGGACUGCCAUCCCGACCGCCCCUAAUGAGUGGCUGACCAAGGACGACUUUGUCAAGGUGCUGGACGUCAACCUGGUUGGCCUCAUUGAGGUGAUGUUGAGCCUUCUACCCCUGGUGCGGCAAGUGCGGGGCUGGGUGGUCAGCAUGGCCAGCAUGACAGGCCGUGUCUCCUUUUUCGGUGGGGGGUACUGCAUGUCCAAGUAUGGCAUGGAGACCUUCUCUGACAGCCUCUGGCGUGAGAUGUGCCCCUUCGGGGUGCAGAUCUCCAUCAUUAAACCUGGUGGCUUCUGGACAGGGAUGACUGACCCUGUAACGGUGGUGAAGGGCUUCAAGCACUUCUGGGAGCAGCUCCCAGCAGAGACCCAGGCAGCCUACGGCCACCAUUACCCGGAGACCUGUGAAUGCCAAAAGCAGCGUCCUGCUGCACCGCCUGAGCAGCUCCUGCCCGUUGUCACCAGCAUCAUGGCACACACGCUGCUCACCUGCUUCCCCCACAGCCGCUACGCGGCCGGCUGGGAAGCCCGGCUCACCCUUCUGCCGCUCAGCUACUGCCCAGCCUGGCUCACCGACGAUGCCAUCGGCUUCUUCCUGCCCAUCCCAGCCAGAGGGAUGGAUGCCCGCGUGCCCCUGAAGAUGGCCACCAGACCGGGGAUGUGGACGCAGCACCCACAGGCACCCGCUUGCCUCAAGCCCCUGUUAACUUGCUCAAUAAAGCUGGUGCAAAGCGAGGGGCUGCCCGCGGUGAACCUCAGCCUCGGACGUGUCCAGGACCCGCUUGGCCACCGUGGUGGGUGA